CACGUGGCAUGCGGCUCCCUGGCCGGCCGCAGGGGGCGCUGUCCCCGCUGCGCGCAGGGGAUUGUGGGAUCGGAGGAGGCAGCUGCGGAGCAUCAUCAAACCUCUGCCGGACCCGGACUCUCCUCUGCGGACUUGAACCCGAGCUGCGAGCCGUUUCUCCGCGCUGAAGUGCCUUAGAGAGGGAGCGAUGGGACACGGAGACCUGAUGAGCCAGGCGGAGGAUGUAGCGGACCAGUUUGUGCGUGGUACGAAGCUCUACCUUCCCCAUGCGGCCCGUCUCUGUCUGGUCAGUACCUUCCUGGAGGACGGCUGCAGGAUGUGGUUCCAGUGGGGCGAGCAGAGCGAGUACAUCGAGUCCACCUGGAGCUGUGGGCGCUUCCUCGCCAACACCUUCGUCCUGCUCAACCUGCUGGGGCAGCUGGGUGGCUGUAUUUUGAUCCUCAGCAGGAACUUUGUUCAGUACGCCUGCUUCACUCUGUUUGGGAUCAUUGGCAUGCAGACGGUGGCCUACAGCAUCCUGUGGGACCCAAAGUUCCUCAUGAGGAACCUGUCACUGGGGGGCGGGCUGCUCCUCCUCCUCGCUGAGUGUCGUGGCGAGGCUCGCAGCGUGUUCGCCGGCGUGCCGUCUCUGAGUCAUCAGAGCUCCCCGAAGAACCUGCUGCAGCUGGGGGGACGAGUCCUGCUGGUCCUCAUGUUCAUGACCCUGCUGCACCUGGACCUGAACCUGAUCACUAUCCUGCAGAACCUGGUGGGCACGGCGCUCAUCGUGCUGGUGGCGGUGGGCUUCAAGACGAAACUGGCCGCUCUGACUCUGGUGCUCUGGCUGCUCGCCAUCAACUUCACCUUCAACGCCUUCUGGAGCAUCCCGUCAUACAAACCCAUGCAUGACUUCCUCAAGUACGACUUCUUCCAGACCACCUCGGUCAUUGGGGGGCUGCUGAUGGUCGUUGCUCUGGGGCCCGGAGGGGUCUCCAUGGACGAGAAGAAGAAGGAGUGGUGAGGAGGAGCAGGAGGAGCAGGAGGAGCAGGAGGAGGAGGAGGAGGUGAACUGAUGAUAUUCGGAGGGAAACUGUACAAACAUCAGUUCAGUUCAGCAGAAACAUGCUUUUAUUUUGAAAAAUUCCCAGAAUCUCUUCUGUAAAAAGCAAUGUUUCUCACACACACACACACACACACACACACACACACACACACACACACACACACACACACACCAGUUCAGAAACUCUUCUGUAAAAACCAAAGUUUUUACUUUUUUUUUUACAGCCAAAUAGAUUAAAUCCUCUUUAUCCUGAAUAUUCUGAACUAUCAGUAACAUUAAAAGCAUUUUAAUGUUGUAAUACUUUUAUUACAACAUUAAGUUAAAUGUUAAAUAUGGAUAAUAAAACUGAUCAGCUCCAGCUGAUAAGCACACUAUAAUGAAAGGAUAUUUUACUGUAAAUUAAAUGUUUGAUAAUUAUCAUUAAAGGUAUAAUUUGUUGUUUUGUCACAUAUAGUAACAUUUUAUAUGUUUGUUGAUGAUGAUGAAAUUAUGUGUAAUUUGUCUAUAAACAUUAUUUGUAUGUUGUUAUAAAACUGCAGCUGAAGAUGAUGAUGAUUCCUGGUUAUGUUUUUUUAUAAAUAUUUUAUAAUAUUAACAUUAAAAACAACGAGCAGCGAUCGAAACACCGACACGUACCGAAGCAUGACGCGGGGUCAGAGUCACGGUUACCACGGAGACAUGACGCUGUGUUUACACGUUUAAAGCUGUGUGUGUGUGUGUG